AUGUCACUGUUCAACCAAACUAUUCAUAACCAUCAGACCUUUACCCUGAUUGGGAUUCCAGGAAUGCCGGAGAAAGACUUCUGGAUGGCCUUGCCCCUCUGCCUUCUUUACAGUACCACAUUCCUAGGUAAUUUCAUUAUCCUUGUUGUCAUAAAGGUUGAGCGAAGUCUCCAUGAACCCAUGUAUUAUUUUCUGGCUAUGCUAGCUGCCACUGACCUUAGCCUUUCAUUAUCUUCCAUGCCCACCAUGAUAAUUGUUCACUUGUUUGACUGGCGCUCAGUAACCCUUGAUGUCUGCAUCACUCAGAUGUUCUUUAUCCACAACUUUGGAGGAGUGGAAUCAGGUGUUCUGGUCGCCAUGGCCUUUGAUCGCUUUGUGGCUAUUCGCUUCCCUUUGCGCUAUGCUACCAUUCUCACUCAUGGAGUCAUCAUCAAAAUUGGAGCAGCAGUCCUGCUACGGAGUGUGAGUAUAGUGCUCCCUGUGCCUUUCCUCAUCAAAAGGCUACCUUUCUGCCACUCCAAUGUCCUUUCCCACGCAUACUGUCUCCAUCAGGAUGCCAUGAGGCUUGCCUGUGCUGACACCCGUGUCAAUAGCAUCUAUGGUCUGCUGGCUGUGAUCUUCAUCAUUGUACUAGAUGCCUUGAUCCUUUUGAUUUCUUACUUUCUAAUCCUCCAUGCAGUACUGGGCAUUGCUUCCAGAGAAGAGAGACUUAAGGCUCUUAAUACCUGCUUCUCUCAUAUCUGUGCAGUACUGCUCUUCUAUGUGCCUCUCAUUGGCAUGACUCUGAUUCACCGCUUUGGGAAGCAUUUGUCACCAAUAAUACCCACACUUAUGGCCAAUAUCUACCUGCUGCUCCCUCCUCUGCUCAAUCCUGUUGUGUACAGUGUUAGGACCAAGCAGAUCCGGCAGCGGAUUGUCCGAGCAUUCUGUGGAAACAGGAUUGGCCAUUAA